AGAGCGGCAGCGGUGACGACGGCCAUCUUAGAGCUACCGCGGUAACAGACGCUCAUCUUCUGGAUUUUAUUCGUCUGGCUCAGAGACACGCUCCGGCUGACUGACGGGGGAAGAAGAAGGAGAAGGAGAAGCAGAAGGUCGCCUCUUACUUCACCGCGGUUGAACUCCAGGUCGGGAUGCGGUUCCAAGGGAAUACACGAUUUGCCUCCGCUGUCGGACUGGUCCUCGGACUAUUAUGUGCGCUGGAAGCAGCUAAAGUCAAUAAGCACAAACCAUGGAUUGAGACGACGUACCAUGGGAUCGUAACGGAAAACGAUGAGAAAGUGCUACUGGACCCCCCUCUAAUUGCACUGGACAAGGAUGCUCCUCUACGCUAUGCAGAGAGUUUUGAGGUGACCCUCACUGAUGAAGGUGAGAUUUGCGGCUUCAGGAUCCACGGGCAGAAUGUCCCCUUUGAGGCAGUGGUCCUUGACAAGUCCACUGGCGAGGGGGUCAUCCGGGCCAAGGACAAGCUGGACUGUGAGCUGCAAAAGGAGCACUCCUUCACCAUCCAGGCUUACGACUGUGGAGAGGGUCCUGAUGGUGCCAACAUGAAGAAGUCCCACAAGGCCACCGUCCAUAUCCAAGUGAACGACAUCAACGAGUAUUCACCCGUGUUCAAGGAGAAGUCCUACAAAGCCACCGUCAUCGAGGGAAAGAAGUAUGACAGCAUCCUGAAGGUGGAGGCAGUGGACGCCGACUGCUCGUUCCAGUACAGCCAAAUCUGCAACUACGAGAUUGUCACCCCUGAUGUGCCCUUCACUGUCGACAAAGAAGGCUUCAUUAAGAACACAGAGAAACUGAGCUACGGCAAAGAACGCAUGUAUAAGCUGACUGUGACCGCCUACGACUGUGGAAAGAACCGCGCCUCAGAGGACGUGCUGGUCAAGAUCAGCGUCAAACCCACCUGCAAACCCAGCUGGCAAGGCUUCAAUAAGAGGAUUGAAUAUGAGCCUGGCACAGGUAGCCUGGCCCUCUUCCCCAGCAUGCACUUGGAGACCUGUGAUGAACCAAUCACCUCUAUCCGAGCCAGCAUUGAACUGGAAACCAACCAUAUCGGGAAGGGCUGUGACCGUGACACCUAUUCUGAGAAGUCCCUGCACAAGCUGUGCGGUGCAAGCUCUGGUACAGUGGAGCUCCUCCCUGCACCAAGCAGCUCUGCCAACUGGACGGUCGGGCUGCCCACAGAUAAUGGGCACGACAGUGACCAGGUGUUCGAGUUCAAUGGUACCCAGGCCAUCAAGGUCCCUGAGGGCAUGGUGAGCACCAGCCUGAAGGAACCUUUCACCAUCUCUGUGUGGAUGAGACAUGGCCCCGGGGCCCAUGAGAAGGAGACCAUCCUCUGCAACUCUGACAAGACAGAGAUGAACAGACACCACUACUCUCUCUAUGUCCACAACUGCAGACUGAUCCUUCUCCUCCGUCAGGAUCCAUCUGAAGCUGAGAACUACAAACCAGCAGAGUUUCACUGGAAACUCGACCAGGUGUGUGACAAAGAGUGGCAUCACUAUGUACUGAACGUGGAGUUCCCCACUGUGUCUCUGUUUGUGGAUGGAACUACGUUUGAGCCCUUCCUGGUUGCAGAGGACUACCCGCUGCACGCCUCCAAGAUUGCAUCUCAGCUCACGAUUGGUGCCUGCUGGCAAGAAAACUCAGGACAUGACAAUGACACUGACACAGUGUCUGAGCCCACCUCAGGCGGAAACGCUCGUAUGGGUCAGUUUUUCCGAGGGAACCUUGCAGGGCUCAUGAUUCGCUCUGGAAAACUGGAGAACAAGAAGGUGAUCGACUGUUUGUACACAUGCAAGGAGGGCCUGGAUGUGCAGCUGCCUGAGGAGGUCGCUUCAGCUGUCAAGGUGGAGAUCAACCCCAACCAGUCCUCUCUGACCGUCGAGGGCGACGACAUCGAUGCCUUUGACAAGGUCAUGCAGCACAUCUCCUAUUUGAACUCUCGCCAGUUCCCGACACCUGGCAUCAGGCACCUUCGCAUCUCCACCACCGUCAAAUGCUUCAAUGAGGAGUCCUGCGUUUCGGUGCCUGAUGCUGAGGGUUAUGUGAUGGUGCUGCAGCCCGAAGAACCAAAGAUCAGCCUGAGCGGCAUCGACCACUUCGCCCGCAGUGCUGCCGAAUUCGAGAGCCAGGAAGGUGUGACGCUGUUCCCCGAGCUACGCAUCGUGAGCACCAUCACCCGUGAAGUGGAGGCUGACGCUGAGACUGAAGUCACGGAGGGAGCUGAUGAUGACCCCACGGUCCAAGAGGCAGUGGUGUCAGAGGAGAUCAUGCACAACCUGGACACGUGUGAAGUGAGUGUUGUGGGAGACGAGCUGGACGGGGAGCACGAGAGCCUGGAGGUGGACAUGUCCCAGCUGCAGCCGCGUGGCCUGGAGAUGAGCUCCUCUAACCUGGGCCUCGUCAUCACAGGUGUGAACACCAUGGCCAACUACGAACAGGUUCUGCACCUGAUCCGUUACAAGAACUGGCACACUGAGGCUCUGUUUGACAGGAAGUUCAAACUGGUCUGCUCUGAGCUCAACGGGCGCUACAUCAGCAAUGACUUCAAGGUCGAGGUGAAUGUUAUCCACACAGCCAGUCCCGUGGAGCAUGCCAACAACGCCAUGGUGCAGCCCAAUUUCAUUAACCCCAUCCAUCAUGCCUCUGUGGAUCUGUCUGGUCACAACCUGGUCAACGCUCACCAAGCCUCAGUGGUUCCCAGCGCUGCCACCAUCGUCAUCGUGGUGUGCGUCAGCUUCCUGGUGUUCAUGAUCAUCCUGGGCGUGUUCCGCAUCCGUGCUGCUCACCAGCGAACCAUGACAGACCAGGAAAGUGGCAAGGAGAACGAGAUGGACUGGGACGACUCGGCUCUCACCAUCACCGUCAACCCCAUGGAGACCUACGAGGACCAGCACAGCAGUGAGGAUGAUGAGGAAGAGGAGGAGGAGAGCGAGGACGGAGAGGAGGAAGAUGACAUCACGAGCGCUGAGUCAGAGAGCAGCGAGGACGAGGAGGGCGCGGAGCCGGAGGACCAGCAGGGCGCCAGCAGACAGCAGCAGCUGGAGUGGGACGACUCUACCCUCACCUACUAGAAUGAAUACACAAGCACUCACAUACACACACCCCAAAUGCAUAGUACACUCAACACAGCUCUCUUUGACAUACACAUCACCAACUAACACUUACUCAGAGGGUUACACACACACACACACACAAACACACACACACACACCUACCAGAGAUUCAUGUCUAAGGAGCCAGGAUGUAAACAAAAAAAAACACACAAAAAAAAUUCCCUUCAUCGUCGAGGUUUUCCUGUUGUUAUCUUAGUGGUGGUACUCAGUGUAGUGUAGUCAUCACCGGAUCGCUGAUUUUUACUGUUUAUUUUUUUAUUUAUUAUAUUUUAAUUCCCAGGAAAACUUUUGUUUUGAACUGUGUGAGGAAGCCAACCCUGCACUUUUUUAUUUUUUCUCAGACAAGAGGCGUUCAAACAGAGAAUCAUUUAAAUUUUUUCCCCUGAUGUAUAUUAUUGCUUAAUGCUUUUUGAUUUGUUUGCAGCUAAACUCACCUGACUUGAGUUUUCUUAGUUGUCCACAGUGAAAAAAAAUGUGCUUUUAACAAGUAGACUGCAUUUUCUUUUCACAUUUUUUUUUUCUUUUUAGUGCAUGAGGAUAUUUGAGUCAUAUGUGUAGAGAAAUAAAUUGCUUUUUAAAGAUUUUGUAAAUAUAAAGAAACCAUGUAAUUAGUCGGUGUGUUAGUGAAGGCCUGCUCAACAGGGUCCAAUAUCUAAAACAACGCAGUAUGUAAUGUAGAAUAUUUGUGUCACAGAGGCUGUAGCAUGUUGCAAAGAUUUCCCGCAAAAAGCUGUUCCAUCAAGCUUGUACAAAAACUGUCUGCUUCACGAUGAGAAACCCAGGACUGUUCAGCAGAGGGUUCCAUGGCAGAGUUGUGUCUAUUUUGUCUUUUUCUCUGUUGUUGCAAAAACAAAAACCAUUUGUUUUACGAACAUGUAAAGCAGGACUGGUGGAUGGUUUCAGCUUCACACAUGCUUUGCUCUGCUUGCACAGGUGGCAAUGCUCUACAUGUCACAUGUAUUUCAUUCCCAGUAGAUCUCACUGUUGUACAGAGGGGAUUUUUUUUUUUUUUUUAAUUCGAGUUAUAAUCUUACUCAGAGAAACGCUAAUGUACAAAUUCAAAUUUUGUGUGGAGCGGUACAAACACCAGAUCAGCAGGUUCUGUUGUGCUGUUAAUCUUGAAAUAUGGGUACUAACAUUUCUGCCAGUGUAAUUGGACGUGUGGAGAGAUUUCCUCAGCAGCUUUAAAACGUCUUCUGCCCAUUUCUGUGUUGACAGAAGUAGGGAGGAACAUAAAAAUCCUUCAAAGUACAGUUUUGCCCUGUUGCAACUUUAUUUUCCAUAGCCCAGCUAUUUAAUCUUAAGUUGAAAUAAUACAUUUAAAAAAGAUGGAUUUUUAAGAUGGUUUCUUAGAGCAAACUGAGCAUUAUCUUUUGCAAUUCAUCGAAUUACAACUGCGGGUAUGAUUGCGUAGUUUGCAACAGGAAAGCACUUUAAAAAUGACUCAUCUUCUCGUUUGGAACUAAAAAUUUCGAUAUUUUUUUCGCAUUCGACCACUAGAUUUUAUUGUAAAUGGAACUGUACUGUAGAGUUGUUCUAAGAUAUUUGUUUACAUUUGUAAACUUGUUUUCCUUCUGGUAUUAGUGUAAAGCUUAUACAACUGAUUGGGAAAAUGUGUCCAACCUCUUAUCUCCUCUCAGACACUGUUGUAACUAUUGUGUUCGUCUCAUGUUUUUGUGAAAUGAGUAAAAAAAUGUAAAUCAUUUCCUAAACCUGCAUUACUUCAAAUCAGCAUCAUCAGGAUUAGAAGUGUUGGGCGUCGCGAGCUCCAUAUUUUGCAUGCAGACCUAUUUUCAGAGGCCGAGAAUUUCAGUUCAGAAACACAUGAAAGGCUGUUUUUGAAGAUUUGAUUUUUUUUUUUUUUUUUUAAAUUCAAUAUAAUUCCGUGAUGGAAACGUAGUGAACAGUCUCCCCCUCCUCGAUGACUCGGAGCAGAAAGAAGACGAGGUCUGAGCCGGCUGAGAUGGGAGUGCCUUUUGCCUUUUAUCAAUCAUAGCGAACUUAGCAGGUCUAACAAUAACACUCAUUCAUGCUCCUUUAUUUUUUCAUUUUUUUCGUGGCUUUGUUGGGGCCUGAGGACUCACAGUCCUGUUGGAAUUGCUUGGAUUAUUAUUAAUUGAUUUGUGUUUGUUAAAUGCUAGAUUUCCUGCAGAGCUGGGGAUUACACUUUUCUUUGAAGUCUGUUGUAUCAAUAAUCCACCGCUACUUUUAUUAACAAACAUUUCACGUAGAUGUCAUGUGUCCAUGUUGAUGUGUAGAGGAAGUAGAUCCAUAUUGUACCUUCUAUAGAUAUUGUACUAAAUCAUAUUGACGGAAUCCACCUUUUUAAAAAAGAUGCACAGUACAUACUGAAAUUGCUUUGGCGGCGUACAUUGGGUUUGCUCUUAAUUGACCUGCUUGUGUAUAGUGGAAGGUGAUUUUUGAACAGUGUCCUGUUGCCUGAGUUGUCGAGAAAUGAUUUUUGAGGGCAGCAUGAAAUUCACAAGUGUCGAAGCCUGUCGACUCUGAAAUCGUUCACGGUUUCAUCCAGUCAAACACAAAAUGUCCACAUUGCAUCUACAGUACACAGUACAGUACCAGGCGUCACUGACAUGUGACCGCUGACUCUGAAGUCAAGUCUCCUCAGUGACUCCACCGUCUCCGGUUCUUUUGGGAAUAGGAUUUCCAUAUAAAGUGUAAGUCAGUUGAAUUGAAUGUCACUGCCUAACAAACUGAAACGCAGCCAUACCUUAGUAACACUAAAGAUGUAAGGGGGAGUGGGGGGGGGAUUUACUUUGCAUGAACCACAAGUUUGUGUACGUUCCAUGUGGGGUUGUGAGACUGGAGUGAGCAAGGAGACGUGAUACACUACUGAUUCUCAUACUGUCCGUUUCACACGUCCACAACACUCCAGAUAUAUAUAUAUAUUUUGUUUGUUUUUUUCUUUGAGAAUUUGCUUGAGGAAGGAAGGUGACGGCGUUAUUUUUGUUUUAUUUUGAACAGUUGGAUGUUUCCUUUGUGCUUGUUGGAGCUGCUCUCACUUUUCUACCAAUUGAAAGGCAAAUUGUAGUGAAGUUGAUGCUUGCUCGCAAACAAAAUAAAGGAUGAUGAGAUGGGGUAUAA